CUCCCCCCUUUUGUCUUCCGUGCGUAACGGGCGUGCGUCAGGUUUCGAAGUUUGGUUCCUUAAGAAGGAUCCCUUUUGCAGGUUCCGCAGCCAAAACAUUUCCGGCUUUUGCGCUUACGAGUUUUCCAAAUCCUCUCAGACUAAAAGUCCGAGGAAUACCUUGUGGAAUAAUCAGCAUCUUCGCGCCGUGGUGAUGGAUUCGCGGAGUUUAGCUGCUGCUCUCCUGCUUCUUUUCGGUUUGGCGACAGUUUUCGCUCAGACUUCCGCACCUGGCAAAGCGUGCGAGACGAAGAAUGGGACAAGCUGUGAGGAAUGUCUGCAGAAUGUGACGUGCCUUUGGUGCAUCACGACCAAGAUGUGUGUAACGUAUCCAGGGAGGACCAUCCUUCCUCCCCAUGCACUCUGUCCACUGAAUAACGCACGCUGGGGCCUCUGCUGGAUGAACUUCCAGACGUUAAUAAUCACCUUGGCAGUGAUUGGUGGGAUUAUCAUCAUAGCCUUUCUGGUCUGCCUGUUCUGCUGCUGCAAGUGUGAGAACUUUGGAUCCAAAAGGUCAGAGGCCAAGAUGGAGAAACAGGCCAAUAAGACGAGAACCAAGCAGGAGGAAAGGAGGGCAGAAAUGAAACAGAGACAUGAAGAGGUCAGGAAGAAAUAUGGUCUAAGUGGGCCAAAUCCAUACUCCAAAUUCUAAACCACGACCCUUCUGGUUUUUCCUAAACUCUGAUCUCUCCUGCACAAUACAUCAACAAUACAUCAUCGACAUGAGAAUUUGUGUAAACCAUAAUUUAAAAAAAGUGACAGUUGGUUUGUAUGUAUUUAUAUCUAUGUAUCUUUAUGUAGAGAUAUAAAGACGGGCUCGCCUGGCUUCCUCCAGCCAAUGAACAAGGAUGUUGUGUUCAAUGUGAUGACCUAAGAGGCUAUAACCAAAACCUAGAAUAGAGCAGUGUUCUUCAAUACUACAAUAGUCGUUCCUGUUGCUCUCGGUCUAGUUGGACUAUUUAUUAGGGUUUACUUUAUUUA